AUGCCUAAAGUUAUCGCCAGCCUGAAAUUGCCAUUUCAGCGCCCCUCCAAUAAAAAUUACCAUUACCACCGUUAUCUUGAUGAAGAUGAAUCUUCUUCAGAUAAUGACCUUUUUUCAUCGAUUGGUAAAGAUCGUAAUUCAAGCACUAUUAAAGAACCAUCUUAUCCAACUGUCUUGCAAGAAUCAUCUCAUUCAACUGCCAUGUUAAAUAUGCAAAAUGCAAGAUUUAACAAUUCUUAUUCAGCCAUUCACAUCAUUCCCAAUAUGGUUAAAACACAUCCCGAUUGGAAUGGAAUAUCAACCAAAUUAAGACAAGCAUUUGAAAAUUUCUGUAGCACUUACAAUGACGAUGUUGCAAAAUUAGUAAAUCAUUUAAUUCAGAAAAAGAUCAAUCUUUCUAACCAUGAUAUUGAAGAGUUCAUCAUCGUUGCUGUGUGGGAGAAGCUGCUUAAGAAACACAUUGAUAUACUCGAUUAUGAUACUUUCAAAAACCAACAAUCAGUAGUAAAAGCACUAGAAACUUUUGUUGCUAGAAGCCUCAAGAUACAUGUAGAAUACUUGAUUGCAGAAUCUAAUAGGAAGGAUUCCAAUUACACUUCCAUGGUCCUAAAUCGUAUUAAAGGAUUAGAUAAUAUAACAAUUAACAUCACAUUUCCAGUGGCAAAAUAUAGCAACCAACAAUCAUAUCAUGAAAAUAGCGACCAAGAAUAUAGCGACCAAGAAUAUAGCGACCAACAAUCUUACCAUAGAAAUAUAGAUCAAGAUUAUAGCGACCAAAAUAAGAGUAGUGGCAACUUAUAUGAUAUGGACGAUAUGGAAUGUAAUCAGGAAUUUGAUGAUAACUUGAGUAAUAGCGAUCUAGAAAACAUAUAUAAUGAAUUUAGCAAAAAUAUGGAUAGUGAUAACGUUUGA